CGGAACAAAUCCCUGAACCUGUUCUCGGAAAACCCCAUCUUAUCAAGACACCCGAGUAAAAGCUGCUCAACCUUGACGUACAGGCUGUUGAGGAAGUCGGCCACUCAAUUUGAAGCAUGGCUUCCAUCGACAAACACCUUUUGGUGGCCGCCAUUGACUUCGGAACCACUUACUCGGGGUAUGCCUUCUCCUUCCUCCACGAGUAUGAACGUGACCCUUUGAAGGUUUCAGCUAACAACUGGACAGCGGGGUCAGGGGGUCUUAUAUCCCUGAAGACGUCCACCUGUGUUCUCUUUAAACCAAACGGUGACUUCCACUCUUUUGGUUUUGAGGCUGAAGACAAAUAUUCCGAUCUUUCCUUAGACAGAGAACAAGAUGGAUGGUACUACUUUCGACGAUUUAAAAUGAAACUAUAUGAGAACAAGUGUUUAAACCGCUCGUUCAAGAUAGAAGAUGAUCAAGGUCACACAAUGGUGGCUAUCAAAGUGUUUACAGCAGUCAUCAAGUAUCUCAAGGAUCAAAUGUUGACAUCGUGUAAAAACCAGAUGACAGACAUCAAGGCGACAGACAUCCUCUGGGUCCUUACUGUUCCUGCAAUCUGGUCCGACGCCUCCAAACAGUUCAUGCGAGAGGCUGCUGAGGCUGCUGGUAUCCAAGGGAAUCACCUGCUGAUUGCCCUAGAACCGGAGGCCGCAUCGCUGUACUGUAAAUACCUUCCUUUUGAAAGAAAAGGAGAGGGCGGCCUGAAAACCUUCACUGCAGGGUCAAAGUACCUUGUCCUUGACGCCGGAGGUGGAACGAUAGACAUUACCGCACACGAGGUUCAGCGGGAUGGAUCACUGAAGGAAAUCUUCAAGGCCAAUGGAGGAGACUGGGGAGGUACGAAGGUUGAUCACGCGUUCCAAGUUCUCUUAUCCGGAAUCAUUGGUAACGGUGCAUUUCAUUCUUUCAUCGAAAAGAACAAGGCAGAUAUGGUCGAAUUCUUUCGAGAUUUUGAAGUGAAAAAACGCACCAUCAAACCAAAUGCUCCCUGCGAUGAAAAAGUCACCUUCAAAGUUCCAUCCGCAAUGAACGACGCAUGCAAAGAUGAAAAUAGGAACGAUAUUGCCACGAUUGUGAAGUCGAAGCAGCAUUUUAAGGGGAACUUGUCGGUCGUUGGUGAUAAGUUAAGAGUCAGCGGAGAUCGGGCUAAAGAAUUGUUUAAGGACCCAGUUAAGCAUAUCGUGGCCCAUUUGAAGAAGUUGUUGGAGGAACCGUUUGCCAGAGGAGUGAAAAGUAUCUUGAUGGUUGGGGGAUUUUCGGAGUCCCUUGUUCUACAGGAUGCAAUCAAAAAAGGUUUCCCAAACCUCCGAGUGAUUGUGCCGCAAGAUGCAGGACUGGCAGUUCUGAAAGGAGCGGUCAUAUUUGGGCAUGAACCGAGGGCUAUCAAGUCACGUGUUUGUAAGUAUACUUAUGGAGUAAUUACUUCACAACUCUUUGAUGCCGAAAAACAUGAUCCCUCUUACCGGUUCACCACUUCUUACGGCGCAGUGAAAUGUCGGAACUUAUUUUCUAUCCAUGUUCGUGUUGGAGAUUGUGUGGAUAUCGGACAACCACAGUCAGUUAUAAAUUACCAUCCUACGGAAGCAGACCAAACGGGCGUAACACUCAAAGUGUAUGUGUCCACAGAAAAAAACCCCAAAUACGUGACAGAUAAAGGAUGUACUAAGAUUGGUCAUAUGCAAAUCGCCAUGCCGGACACGACUAAGGGACGGAAAAGAUCUGUAGGUGUACAGAUGACUUUUAGUAACACAGAGCUCGAGGUAGAAGCCAUCAUCAAAGAUACCGGGGAAAAAGUCACCGCGGCAUACGACUUUCUGUAAUGUAUAUAAACUAUAUGCGAUCUUCGUUUUAUGUUUGGUUUGUUUUAUCAAUGGUGCGUAGUCUGAACUCGUAUCAGUAACAUCUCAUCUGAAAAGUAAACGGUAAACAGGACUUAGUAAAGAGGACCUUCCUCAUCGACUUCAGGAUCAAAAGGACUAGAGUGAGAUUACUAUGAGAUCAUUGGAGGACUCUGACUCGAAAUAGGGUUGCUUCUAUGAUCGCUUCCAUCAGAAGGUAGCAGCCAAAAGAGUGUGAUUUGUUUUAGAAUCAUUCAAAAGUUUUCAAUUGUGAUAAUAAUAAUAUAUAAAUAAUAUACAACAUUUAUAUAGGGCCCUACAUCAUUUGUAAAAUUAUUCUUAAGCGCUUUAAUAAUAUUAGAGACAACGAAUGAACUAAAUAUAUGUAUUCAAUAACUGUUGUUAUAUAGUUCGAUACGUUUGGACAUUGUCAAUACCAAAUUGCUUACUUUUACCUUAGUGGUACUAAAUUUAAUGAAAUAUUGCAUCUUUUAUGAAGAAUCGUUUAUAUGCCCGAGAAAUUUGGAGAGCGCUACCUUUACUUUUCGAAAUUAACUAUUGCUUUUUUGAUUUUGAUAACUGUGGUUUCGGACGAUGUAAUGUCCACGUUGUGUAUUUUAAACGUUGAGGGUACACCAUAGUUCAGCAAACUUUAGUAUUAUAUGAACUAUUCUACCGGUCUGAUGUAAUGCAAAGAAUGGUUUGUACCAGGGAAGUAGUUUGAUUAUACUCGAACAAAAAAUGCACAAGAAAACAUCAUCUGAAAGAAUAUAUUUAACAUCUUAAUACAGAUAUUUAGAAAUAAAUUAUGUAACAGAUUUUAAAAGUACUAUCAUAUAAAUAUUUGAUGAUACCAGCUACAGACCAGCUUACUAAAAAAAAUGAUCUGACACAUCUGUACAAAACAGUUUAGGUCUAGUUCUGAUGCAUUGAUAUGUACAACACAAUCUGGUGCUAACAAGUAUGUCACAAAUAUUUGCCAACUUCUAACUAUUGGAAGGAUCGUUGGCUCACUGUCUGUGCCCUAUAUUUGACCCCUUGAGGCGACUCAUUUUAUGGCCCCUACAGAGACUACUCUUGUCACUCUCGUUUCAAAUUUCCUGUUAAACCGGUUACAUUAACCACUCUGCAAUACUUUGUUAUUAGUAUAUGAAAUUGUACAACUUCUUAAUUUCCAUUAUGUUUUUAUUUCUAUUUAUAUAUACAUUUAAAGACGAGUUUGAUGUCUGUGGUCAUUUUGUAAGACGAAAUUGUUUUGACGAGUUUAUUUGGUAGACGACGUUUUCGGCACAAAUUUCUAGUGUGGGUCUCAAGGUGUGUUAUCUAACCAUCAUAAAUGUACCAGCAUUUUUUAUCCAGUUACUGUCGCAUUAUUCAACAUUUUCCAUCUUUGACCUUCGUUUACUACCUGGACGAGUAAGAGUAACCCAAGCCGCCACCAUGACGUGCAUUUCACCCCGCCCCUCGCAGAUUUUGUUUCACGCCGUGUUUACAAGAACAAAAACUAAAUAAAUUUUCUCCUUAUAUUUAUUCAGAUUGUUUUAAAUUAACUUACCUGACUUAAAGUAUUCAAGAUGAAUUUUGUACAGUAAUAAGCAUUCGAUUACAAACUAAUCGAGGGGGUCUGCGAUUAUAAAAGCAUAUUUUAUAUCAGUAUUUACUGUUGGUUUAUGUUUUUUUGUUGUAAUUUUAUAGUGACUUUUUAUCUCUGUUAUAUGUUGUAAUAUGUAAAUGUUCAUGUUUCUGUCUUGAAAUAUAUUUUAUGAUAUAUAUAUAUAUAUUAAAAUAAUAUAGUGUUCACCCACUUAACGUUAUUCUUAAAACAACGUACCCGUAUUAUCACUUCUUUUUCGGAACAGCAAGUUAUUGCAUUUCAUAUUACAUGAUAUCAAUAGAUGUAAAAUGCUGCUAUAAAACCACACGUUUUUCGUGUGGCAUCGUGGUUUUUUUGUAUAUAACCUUGAAUAGUUCGUGUGGUAUCGUGAGGCUCAUAUUUCGUGUGGCAUCGUGUGGUUUUUUGUAUAUAACCUUGAAUAUUUCGUGUGGUAUCGUUGGGCUCAUAUUUCGUGUGGCAUCGUGUGGUUUUUUUGUAUAUAACCUUGAAUAGUUCGUGUGGUAUCGUGAGGCUCAUAUUUCGUUUGGUAUCGGUGAGCACAUGCUUCGUAAAGCAUCGUGUGAUCACAUUACAUGUUCUAUAAAAGGCACAUGAGUACCUAAAGUUUCAGUUAGUACCACAUGGCACAGAAACAGAUCGACCUCGUCAUUGGUGGAAAUAUCGACGUUUGCGAUGUCUCUGCUAGCAGUAUUACCUGUCGUAUAGGAUUAACGCAGCAAGUCAUCGUUAAGAAAGUCAAAAGUGAGGUGAAAGUUUGUUUACGUGAGGAAAAAAAAGAGUUUACAAAUCACAGGUGACUUUAAAAAAAAAUAUGCUGUUUCAAUCGAAGAGCCUACAGUGCGUUUAUUCAUUUAUGAAAAAUUGCAUGAGAAACCGACAGCGUCCGUCAUACUGUAAACGUGAUACAACCCCAUCAUCCAUCGUUGAUCAGGUGUUCUAACAGAAUAGAUACAUUUACUAACUGGCCAAAAAACCGUCAUCAAUCACCCUAUCAACUGGCAAGUAACGGCAUUGAAGACUGCGUCACUUGUUUUAUGUGUGGUGUUUCGUUAAAACAUUGGAACUAUUUCGACGAUAUCGCAACAGAGCACCUGAGAUGGUCUAAAAAAUGUCUUUUUCUUGGUAUGAUGUUUGUUAUCUAAACAUGAUAGACGUUGCGUUAAUUCAGAAAAGACUGCAUGAUUAUUUAUUCGAAGAAAUCGAAGAAAAGGCCUUAGAAGAAUAUUAAAAAAUCUGUUGUGUCUGUCUUAUGCAUAUGCUGUCAGAUCUAAGAUUACCGAACUGUAUGUGCGUGCUGGAUGUGAAGAAGGGCUAGCCAAUCAACUGGGGCAUAGAUGUGUGAUGCUUUCCUAUGACGAUGUGAUGGAUUUACAUUUUGACGAAGCACUGACUUUAAUAAACCAUUUAGAAGUGGAAAAGACUUGGCGUGAAUCCGCC